AUGGAGAGGUUGAAGAUUUGGCAAUCCACUGAACUGGAGCUGGAUGAGGAUAAGGAAGCUGUUGACCAACUGAUGAAGGACCUGGACCUCCUGCAUAGACAGAACGUGGCUCCCAAACCCAUAGUUGAGAUGAGCCUUGGUUUGGCGAGAGAUGUGCUCAACCUCCAUGAUCAUUAUGAGGAUCUCAAGCCCACCUUCAAGACCUCUGAGUUCUGCAAAGCCACUCAUGAAGCCAACUUGGCCGAUUAUGCAAAGCAGAAGGCAGAACUGGACCAGAUGGUUGCGGGCUAUAAGGAGGCUAAGGCCACUGCAGACAAGCUGGAGAAGCAGAUUGAAGAGCUUCAAAAGCAACUGGCAGAGUGCAGGGAGGUGCAGAGCAGGCUCGGGGCUGGACUGAGCUCUAAGACCAAGGCUACCUUCCUUGUGCAGAGCAUGGUUUCAGCUUCCAGACCAGCUUUAGAGAUUGCAGAUGCUUCAAUUCACCAAGGAGUGCUGCUCUAG